AUGGCUGACAAUGUUGAAAAGACACUGAUUGAGCGUAUUAAGAACAGUCGAUAUUUUGCCAUACAGCUUGACGAGACUACAGAUGUAGCAAAUUUGGCCAAUUUAUUGGUUUAUGUGAAAUAUGAAUAUGAUGGUGCAGCUCAGGAAGAUUUUAUAUUCUGUCAGUCACUUGAGACCAGAAAGAACGGACUGGACUGGAAAAAGUGUGUGGGAGUGUGUACAGACGGCGCGAGGGCUAUGACAGGUCCUAACAGCGGGUCAGCUCGCAUCCGAGAGGUGGCACCUGAAAUGCUCUCGACUCACUGCAGCAUCCAUCGUGAGGCACUGGCAGUGAAGAAGAUGCCUGAUGACCUGAAGUCUGUGCUGGACUCUGCUGUAAAAACUGUGAACUUCAUCAAGGCCAGACCGAUGAAUGCUCACUUAUUUCAUGUGCUCUGCGAGGAGAUGGGCAGUGAGCAUGUCCAACUCUUGCUUCAUACUGAAGUAAGGUGGCUUUCAAGAGGAAAGGUGCUUUCAAGGCUUUUCGAAUUGCACAAGGAGGUCCAGAUGUUCUUGCAGGAAACAAAUUUCCCCUUGUCAGACAUUUUUGAGGAUGCUGUGUAG